AUGAAUAAAGCUACUUCUCAUAAACUAUUUAAAGAAGUAAUAACGAUAGGAGAAAAUAUUCUUGAUACAGCUCAUUUCCAAAUCUUGGAUUAUACUGAAGGAUCUGUAGAGGGACCUGUUGGUUCUUUGGAUAUUCAUGAAUAUGGUCUUUAUGAUACAGCAUAA